AUGGUUAGAGGACAAUACCUUCGCCUAUUGACGCGGCCGCCAUCGCAAUUUUGGGCGAGGAACAUGCAGUUUAUUGUCAGUGGAAUAUUUUGCAUGCUUAUUUACGCCGUGUCAGCUUAUAAGACAUCUACAACCUACAAUCUUAAUGGACAUGUAUAUGUGGAAACCUUCGAUCAACCAUGGUUUCGCUAUCCGCAUCUUCCCCAUCCUAAAAUCCCUGCCUCGCGAAUGAAAUCGAGUAAUUUUGGAAAGCAUAAUCUUCCCAAAGACGACGUGUAUGUUCCGCAUGAAUGGACCGAUGAAGAGAAGAAAUAUCUGCCAUGCUUGGAUCUGCUUUGUUUGUGUCCGUAUUACGGAGGAAAAAUCUCAGCGUCUAAAUGUGUACUGGAAAAUGGGAAGAUCCUCGAAAAAGCGAUUCGCAAAGAGGCAAGACAGCUCAGCAACAGUGAACGUCUCCAAAUUGCGAGCGCGUUCAACAAAAUGAAAACAGCUGGUGUUUAUGAUCGUAUCGGCUUUGUUCACAAAUAUAGUGGACUCCACGAAGGACCUGGGUUCUUCACAUGGCACAGAGAGUAUCUUAAAAGAUUUGAGAUUGUAUUUCGGCGAUAUCUGCCGGCUGGUAGUCGUCUUGGGCUUCCUUACUGGGACAGUACCCUGGAGUCUGAACUGCCCGAACCACGCGAAUCGUUGUUUUUCUCCUCAUUAUUUGUUGGCGCUUCUAACUCCUCUGGACAAAUAAUAGAUGGUCCGUUCUCUGAUUGGUUGAAUAUGGAGGAAGAACGUAGGCUCUUGCGUUUUGUACCCGACCAGGAAAACGGCGAGGUACUCAAUAAUGCACGGAUUGAUAUCGUGCUGGAGCAGAACAAAAUCGAGAAUAUUCUGGCAGCAGCCUUCCCGCUCGAGACCUGCAAGAUCGCAACUGAUGAUGAGCGGCUGUUGUCCUACUCACACGAUUAUGUACAUUACUUCAUAAGCGGGGACAUGCGCGAAACAUACUCAGCUACCAGUGAGCCAAUAUUCUUUUAUCACCACAGUAUGAUGGACAAUAUAUGGGAGUCAUGGCGGCAACGCCACCAGACCCGCAAAAAGCGAGAAGAACAGUAUCCACCUUCAUAUCCUGACUGCUAUCCGCCAACACAUUUUGUCAAUGCUUCCAUGAAGGAACUGCAACCUUAUACGAACAGAAACGCUCUUUCGAACAAGUACACCGACAACUUGUAUGAAUAUACAAAGAGACCAAACUGUUCAGAAAUUAACAUGGACUGUGAAUCAAAAUAUCUUUUUUGUCACAACGUUGGAAACUUCUAUCAGUGCAUAGCAAAACUUCGAGAAGGUGCGAAUUGUGAGGGAUUCGAGCAAACGCCAAUCUGCUACGAAGGCACUUGUCACAGUGGUCGUUGUUUGCAAAAUAUCGACACAACUGAACUGGAUCCAGCAGACUUUACAUGA